AUGUCGCUGUGGAAAGGGAAGUUGAGGGUGAUCUUUUACUUUGGGUCACUAUACCGUUGCUUGUCAAGAGGAGCACGAGCCGUUUUUCAAGUGUACCCUGAGAAUAUCAAGAAGCGUGAAUUGAUUCUUCGCCAGGCCUUACAAGCUGGAUUUGGAGGUGGACUUGUUGUUGACUAUCCACACAGUGUUAAGAAAAGAAAAGAGUUCUUGGUCCUCACAUGUGGUUCUGUUCAGACAAGUAUUCAAACCGGGAAAAAUGAGCAUGAUGAGGGCUGCUCUGAAGAUGACAGUAGCGAAGACGAAGAGAGUGGAAUGGUAACAAACUAUGGCUCUCUCUAUCUAGAAAGGAAACGAUGUUCCUGCUGA